AUGUUUGGCUGCUGCGUCGCCGGGCGGCUUCUCCAGACGAAUCUGCAGCAAAUCGACGAGACACACGCGAUGUUUGAGCUGCCUGCUGCGAGCUCGAUAAACCACGUCUGCGUGUUCCUUCUGGGCACAGUGCCCUUCCCGGAAGGAUAUGGAUGCACUGUGCACUUUUUUUGGCCGGGAAAGGGGUUCCAGUUGCUGGGCAUGCUAUCUAACGAAAAGCCGUCCGCGAUAUUCCGACUAAAGGGGACGUACUCGCCACAACGAGGCUCAAGCGCAGCGCAUUCGGCGUUCUCCGCGUCGUCUCAACAGCAGAUGUCGAUGCAGGAGGACGUGACGGCGGUGCUGGGUCUCGCGAUUGAACCACUGGGUGACAUUGCGGCACAGAUUGCUGCGCUGCACUCGACAGCGGAAGCCACAUCGACAACGCUGGUGGCGGCGUCCCCGUUGCUGGACCCGGCGCGGCUAGCAGAGCGCGUUGUGAAGCAUCUCUUCAACUACAUUUCUGGAUUUACGGGUGGGAGUGUCGGGGGAGAUGUCAGUGUGCCCAUGGGCCUGAUUGUCAAAUGGUAUGAGAGUUUUGUGGGGAAACUCAGGAAUGGCGGGGCCGGGUUUCUGGAGCGGGUGGAAGAAUGUGCAAACCUGUUUCCUGUACUUGUACGCAAAACUAUUUUCGGAUAUUACAUGAUGCACCAAAAGGCGAUCUCAUCAUCGAAUUGUCAGUAUACUCAGCUCUUCAACUAUGUUUUCAGAUUGGCGAGCGAGAGCGUCGGCAAAGUAUGUCCAUCGGCAUCGUCAAGUGGUACGAGAGUUUUGUGA